AUGGCUUGGAAGCGUCGUGUGAAGAGAAGCAACUACCUUGUAGCUUCUCCACCAGACCGCCCACUUCGUGUCGCCUCCAAAUAUGUUUUCCGCGCACCCAACACGGCACCAAACGCGGCACCCAAAGCGGUACCCAACGCGCACCCAACACGGCACCCAACGCGGCACCCAGCGCGCACCCUACGCGGCACUCAGCGCGCACCCAACGCGGCACCCAGCGCGCACCCAACGCGGCACCCAACGCGCACCCAACACGGCACCCAACGCGCACCCAACGCGGCACCCAACGCGCACCCAACGCGGCACCCAGCGCGCACCCAACACGGCACCAAACGCGGCACCCAAAGCGGUACCCAACGCGCACCCAACACGGCACCCAACGCGGCACCCAGCGCGCACCCUACGCGGCACUCAGCGCGCACCCAACGCGGCACCCAACGCGCACCCAAAGCGGCACCCAACGCUGCCACCAUGCCUGAAUAA